CAUAACUUUUUCUCCAGAAGGGAGAGAGCGAGCUGUGCAACGCCAUGAGGAAAGAAUGACAGAGCGCCACAGAGACGAGAAGCAAGACAAAGACUCACUCCCAACCAAAACAAGUCCUGGACUGACAAAGAAUUUAUGUUCUACUCCUGCCUGUUUUCAUUUUCUUUGAAUUCCUCCCUCUGAUGUUUAGUGGUGUUUGGUUUUGUUAACACACAAAAUCCCUAUCCUCCCCUUUUUGCCCCUUCCUCCUCCUCCCACUCCUCCUCUUCUUCCUCCUGCUGUGGAAUUCAAUGUCUUAGGAGACACUAGUCUCUCCUGCUGUUCUGCUCUGUGGUGAGUCUGCAGGGCGAAAGCUCUCAUCGAGGAAUUCAACAGGAGCUGCAGACGCAAAGAAGGAGCUGGUUUCAUUCUCCAGCCCAGGAGGUGCAAGCCGUGCAGUCUGAGGCCUCACCUGCCUUUCUUCAUCCUCCUCCCCCCAUAUCCUGUCUGAGCUUUGCACCUGUUGUGACUCGUCAGCCAGGUGAAGGGGAUCCUCUGGCCGUUACGCUGUUGUUUCAGCUGACCAUAGCUGCAGGGCAAUUAGGAACACAGUCACUCAUUUGACUGGAUUGUUGCUUUGCUCUCUAUCGCUCUCAGUCUCUCUCUCUAUCCCACCUCCCUCUCCUCCCUGCCUAUCCCUACCCCCUCCCACUUCAUCUAGCCCAGUCUGAGUCUGGUUGACACUGUGGCUGUGAGUGGAGCUGCAGAAAUUUCCUUACUGGAGCAAAAGUUUGGAUCACAUUGCAAGGACAUAGGUAAGAAAGGGUGAAAAAGAAUUUGUCUUGUGGAUUCAGCAUUGGACGGCUGAGACAGAAAACUCCAAACCAAAGGAUUCUGCAGUUGGAAGAGCAGCAGGUAUGAAAAGCCAGACUGCGGUUGUGUGUUUGGCUAUGCUGGCCUUGUGCUGCCUGCUGAUCCCCAGAGGAGGGGAGAGUGCUGGGGGGAUUGUUUCUCUCCGGCAGACUGAAGAGGAGAAGCAAGCAGGGGAUGAGCUGCGAGAUGAGUCCCUGGAUGACCCAGAAAGUGAGCAGGAACUCGUAGUGGACCCACUGAGAAGCAGGGACAAGAGAGACACAGAGGAGGCUGCACAGGCAGGUGUUUUGGGAAGGGUGAAAAGAGCACCUGACGAGGGCAAAAAGAAGAAGAAGGACAAGAAGAAGAACAAAGAGCCAAAAGACCCCAAAGCAACCAAGAAGCCCAAAUCCGACAAGAAGGGAAAGAAGAAGGACAAGCAGACAACCACAACUCCACCACCAACCACAACAGCGAUCCCGACUGAACCGCCCACUGAACCACCCACUGAACCUGAGGUAUACACUGACUACCCCUAUCCUGAUGUUGACGAUUACUGGAAACCAGACGAUGACUACUGGGAUGAGCCCACACCAGCCAGGCCUCAGCCCAAGGCUCCGAGCACAGAUCCUCCAUACGACUACUGGAAGCCCGAGGAGGAAGAUCCAGCUGCUCCAGUGACAGACAACUACGAUGAUUACUGGAGACCAGAGAGCAAACAGCCCUCCACGCCAGCACCUGAUGCCUACGAUGACUACUGGACGCCAGACGACAAGGACGUUUAUGCUCCUGUGACUGAUAACUAUGACAUCUACUGGAAAGAGGUGGAGCCAACGCCCCCUGCCCCUGAGGUUGAUGGGAAGGCCGGGACAGAUGAUGAUUACUGGGACGCCACAUUUGAAGUGCCAGAAAAUCUUCCAUUCCCUGAUGGUAAAGAGAUCGACCCUGAUAUCAGAGUAGAAACUCUACCAGAGGAGCCCACAGCCACUCCUCCCUAUGAGGGGACGUGGUAUGAUGAUUACGACGAAUAUGGAAGGAGGAAAGAGUCAGAGGACAAAUGGAUGGAGAAGGAGAGAGAGAGAGCAGCAAAAGAAAGAGAGAGGGAAGAGAAAGAGCGAGCACAGAAACUGAAGGAGGCAGAAGAGCGGGCCAAGAACAGACCACGUGUCUAUAAGGAGCCAAAGAAGUGUCCUCCCUUGGGGAUGGAGUCCCAUAAGAUCGAGGCAGACCAGCUUUCAGCCUCCUCUAUGUCUCAGUAUAUCUUUGCACCUCAGAGGGCGCGCCUCAACAUGCAGGGCUCAGAUGAUGAGGAUAACAUGAGAGGGGGAGCGUGGUGUGCAAACUCCGAGGACAGGACCCACUGGUUUGAGAUUGAUGCUCGCAAGGAGACAGAGUUCACUGGAGUCAUAACACAAGGACGAGACUCCUCGGUCGACAAUGAUUUCGUGAUGUCCUACUUCCUGGCGUUCAGCAAUGACAGCCGAGAAUGGACCACCAUCCAUGAUGGAUAUGCUGACUGGCUGUUCUUUGGAAACAGUGAUAAAGACACUCCAGUAAUGAACCAGCUGGCAGAGCCCGUGCUGGCCCGCUACAUACGAAUCAUCCCUCAGAGCUGGAACGGCACUCUGUGUAUGAGGCUGGAGGUCCUCGGUUGCCCCCUGCCUGAUCCAGUGGAUCUUCACUACAGGCAAAACGAAGUGACUCCAGUUGAUUACUUGAAGUUCACACAUCACAGCUAUUCAGAUAUGGUUACACUUAUGAAGUCAGUAAAUGCAGAGUGUCCCAACAUCACCCACAUCUACAGCCUGGGCCAAAGCACCAAGGGACUGGAUAUCCUGGCCAUGAUCAUCUCAGGCAACCCCACAGAGCAUGAAAUAGGUGAGCCAGAGAUACGCUUCACGGCAGGUCUCCACGGAAAUGAGGCAGUAGGUCGGGAGAUGAUUCUGCUUCUUAUGCAGUACCUGUGCAAAGAAUACAAAGACAGAAACCCCAGAGCCCAGCGGCUGAUAGAGGCAAUUCGCAUCCACCUGGUGCCAUCGCUCAACCCUGAUGGGCAUGUGGAAGCUUUUGAAGCGGGAUCAGAGCUGAGUGGAUGGACCACAGGACACUUCACUGAGGGCGGCUUUGACAUCUUCCAGAACUUUCCUGAUCUGAACAGUAUCCUGUGGGAUGCUGAAGAUAAGGGCAUGGUGCCCAAACUCACACCCAAUCACCACGUGCCCAUACCAGAGAGCUUUGACACUAACGGCUCGAUUGCUGUGGAAACCAGGGCCAUAAUCUCAUGGAUGAAAAGCUAUCCAUUUGUGUUAGGUGCAAACUUCCAGGGCGGGGAGACAAUUGUAGCCUACCCUUAUGACAGCUUACGUCUCAACAAGGCUGCUGCUGAGAGCCAGAAACCCCAUAGCCGCAAGAAGAGACAGUAUGAAGAGGAAGGUUUUGAUGUGACAGAGUGGGGGCGGGGCUACCAUGAGGAGCCAGAUGAAGACUGGAGAGGACGGGGAUAUGGAGAGCCGGAAGAGGAAAGGAGGGGCUAUGACCACGGUUACGACCAUGGCUACGACCACCACCACCAAGGUUACAACCAAGGUUACAACCAAGGUUACAGCCAAGGUUACGACCAUGGCUAUGACCACAACCAAGGUUACGAUCACGGCUACGACCACAACCAAGGUUACGGCCACAGAGAGGAUGAAGAGGAUGAUAGAGGAAGAAGUGCUGGGUACCAGUACGCUGAGCCCGAAGAUGAGCCUCGGGUGAUCGCAGACGAGUCCCUCUUCAGGUGGCUGGCUGUCUCCUACGCCUCCACACACCUGACCAUGACACACAGCUACCAUGGCUCCUGCCAUGGAGACUCCUCUGCCGGGAUGCACGGCAUUGUCAACCGGGCCAAAUGGAAGCCAAUCACAGGAAGUAUGAAUGAUUUCAGCUACCUGCACACCAACUGUUUUGAGUUGUCUAUAUUCCUGGGAUGUGAUAAGUUCCCUCAUGAGAGUGAGUUGGCAUACGAGUGGGAGAAGAACAGAGAAGCAAUGCUCAUCUUCAUGGAGCAGGUGCACCGCGGCAUCAGAGGCAUCGUGAAGGAUCAGCAGGGGAAUCCCAUUGCAAACGCUACUAUUUCUGUAGAGGGGAUAAACCAUGAUGUCACCACAGCACCAACAGGGGACUACUGGCGGCUGCUUAACCCGGGUGAGUACCGUGUGACGGCUCGAGCUGAGGGUUUCUCCCCUGUGACCAAACUGUGUGUGGUGGGGUACCAGUCAGGAGCCACUGCCUGCAGCUUCAACUUGGCCAAGUCCAACUGGGACCGCAUUAAACAGAUUAUGGCCCUCCAUGGCAACAAGCCAAUUCGACUUAGCUACAGCAACAACAGAGUACAGUACCCCGCAGUUUCUAAUGGCAACAGGCGCGUGUUCAACGGCAACACUGGGUAUUCAGGGAAUUCACAAAUCAGCUCUGAACGGCAGAGGAGGCUCCGGAUAGCACGUCUCCGUCGCCUUCGACAACAGAGAUUACUUAGGUUAAGAUCAACGACGACGUUACCCCCGACGACAACAACCACUAUUCCCACAACACCAGAGACCACCACAUCCUGGUACGACUCAUGGCUCAUAGGAGAGGGUCAGUCAUCGACGCCUGGCGGUUUCACAGACUCCAUCCUGGACUAUAACUAUGAGUACAAGAUCGAUGACUAUUAAACUUGAGACACACGGCCCCCCGAUUCCUUAAAUAUGAAACUCUCCUACAAGUAGUUCUCAUUGCCAUGUUGUACUCUGUGCAGGCUGAAGGAGAAUAAAACGAGGAAUCCUGUCUUUGUACAACAUACAAUGGGAACGUACAGAAUAUUAACUACAUUAAUUGUAUAAAGAUAGUGUAUCUGUUACCUAACAAAACACCUCUCCACAGAAAUGGACCUUGGUAAUUAAUAGUAUUUCAGUUUGACACCUCACACUGCAUUUUUCACUUGUCAUUCAGUCUUUUUGCUUCAGAAAUAGAUGUUUAUUGUGGGUUCACAUUAAAAAAGUAAUGAUCUUUUCUUUGCUUCACCAGAGUUGAAUUAUUUACACAGUCUUCAUCCAUGACAGAAAUAUUUUUUACAGUAUGAACAAUCAAUAAAGGUUUAAAAAGCAUUUGUUCGUAGUUGGUAACAGAAUCAGAGGAGGGAGAGGGGCUUUUGUCAUGUUGCCUCAGACAGCUGGAGUAGUUAUUUUUCAAAUAAAGGCUUGUUAAUACAAAA